CCGCCGGCUCCUCAACACAAACUUUCCGUCCCGCUCGCUCCCUCCUCCGCGCCCGGCGCCUCCCGCUCCGGCCCGGCUCAUUCCCUGCAUUCCGGCCAGCCCCCUCCCCACGACCCCCCUUCCCCGGCCCCCCUCGCGGCUCCCUCGGGCCUGGCGCAGCGCCCCCCCGAGCUCGGACCAGGCUCCGGCUGCCCAGUGGGCUCAGGCCCAGAGCCCAGAGCAACCAGCACAAUAGCGUCCAACAGCUGGACCACCAGCAGCAGCCCCGGGGAGGCCCGGGAAGAUGGGCCCGAGGGCCUGGACAAGGGGUUGGACAACGAUGCGGAGGGCGUCUGGAGCCCGGACAUCGAGCAGAGCUUCCAGGAGGCCCUGGCCAUCUACCCGCCCUGCGGCCGGCGCAAGAUCAUCCUGUCGGACGAGGGCAAGAUGUACGGUCGAAAUGAGCUGAUUGCACGCUAUAUCAAAUUGAGGACGGGGAAGACACGGACGAGAAAACAGGUGUCCAGCCACAUACAGGUUCUAGCUCGGAAGAAGGUGCGGGAGUACCAGGUUGGCAUCAAGGCCAUGAACCUGGAUCAGGUCUCCAAGGACAAAGCCCUGCAGAGCAUGGCGUCCAUGUCAUCCGCACAGAUCGUCUCGGCCAGCGUCCUACAGAACAAGUUCAGCCCGCCCUCCCCUCUGCCCCAGGCUGUCUUCUCCUCUUCCUCAAGGUUCUGGAGCGCCCCCCCUCUCCUGGGACAGCAGCCCGGGCCCUCUCAGGACAUCAAGCCCUUUGCACAGACAGCCUACCCCGUCCAGCCGCCCCUGCCGCCUGCGCUCAGCAGUUAUGAGCCGCUGGCGCCGCUGCCCCCGGCCGCCGCCUCUGUGCCCGUGUGGCAGGACCGCACCAUCGCCUCCUCCCGGCUGCGGCUCCUGGAGUACUCAGCCUUCAUGGAGGUGCAGCGAGACCCAGACACGUACAGCAAACACCUGUUCGUGCACAUCGGCCAGACCAACCCCGCCUUCUCAGACCCGCCCCUGGAGGCGGUGGACGUGCGCCAGAUCUACGACAAGUUCCCUGAGAAGAAGGGGGGGCUCAAGGAGCUCUAUGAGAAGGGGCCCCCCAAUGCCUUCUUCCUCGUCAAGUUCUGGGCCGACCUCAGCAGCACCAUCCAGGAGGGCCCAGGCACCUUCUACGGGGUCAGCUCCCAGUACAGCUCCGCCGACAGCAUGACCAUCAGCGUCUCCACCAAGGUGUGCUCCUUCGGCAAGCAGGUGGUGGAGAAGGUGGAGACAGAGUAUGCCCGGCUGGAGAACGGCCGCUUCGUGUACCGCAUCCACCGCUCGCCCAUGUGCGAGUACAUGGUCAACUUCAUCCACAAGCUGAAGCACCUGCCCGAGAAGUACAUGAUGAACAGCGUGCUGGAGAACUUCACUGUCCUGCAGGUGGUCACGAGCCGGGACUCCCAGGAGACCCUGCUGGUCAUCGCGUUUGUCUUCGAAGUCUCCACCAGCGAGCAUGGUGCCCAGCACCACGUGUACAGGCUGGUCAAGGACUAGGACGCCUGCUCCCCUCGCCGACCGCAGGACCAACGUCCUCCACAUCCUGCCUGCCGGCCCCCACCCUGGGCCUGGGCCCAGGACUCAGCCACCCAAAGGCCUCGGGCCGGGACCCUGGUGGCCUCCUCCUUGGUUGUCCCCAGCACACACGCUCCCUGUCACUGAUCUGCGCUUUACUGUGGGAGGGGAGGGCAGGGCUCGGGGGUGGGACGGCCGCUUGCCCACCGUCGCCUGGCUCAGAGGUGGGGAUGGAGACCGCGGCGGCCGCCAGGCCCCGGGCAAGCUGAGGCCCAGGAACCGGUGAGGACUGGUUGAGGAGAGGGGCCCACACCCCGCACGUCCUGGGUGGGUGGGUGGCAGGCCCUUCUGGUGGCGUGUGCCACCCUCAGAGACCCCGCAAGGCAAGCUGGCUCCCCGCGUUUCAGAUGAGGUGCUGAGGCUGAGAAGAGGGCAGAGCUGCAGCCCAGGGUCGCGCUACCUCCCUGCAGCAGGGGGGGAUGAGAGGAAGAGGGGCGCCGGCAGGGCUCAGAGCCAACUGGGAACCACUGGGCCAGGGCCUGGCAGAGCAGCUGCCAGUCCCGGUCCCCAAGCCUCCAGGGGCCAGCGCGGGAAGGGCACAAAGGCCUUGAGGCUUCAGAAAGCCGGGCACCGCCCCCUGUUGGGCGGGGGAGGGGGCUCCCUACCUGGGCAGCAGCUCCCUAGACCCUCCCCCUGUGGCCCUUCCCAGGCCCUGUGGGUAUUUAUGAGUGUCAUAUGAAGUACUGUGCCCCUCCCUGCCCUCGGCCGCCGGCGCCUGCCGGUCCUCACCGUGUGCAACUGCUCAGGCCACCUCCGAACCCCACUCGGUUUUAUAACAUGUAUUAUAUAUAUUUUUUGUGUUGUUUUUUAAAUCCAGCUGUGAUGGGUUGUAUUACAAAUGUGGCUCUGGGCAGAGGCCGGGGCCCCUCAAAGGCCUG